GGCAGUGUGGAAUUCAACCUUAGAGCAAGGUUCUCCCCUGUUCCCGAGACAACUGUACAGCAAACUGCGAGGAAGAGAUGCUGUUUUGAAGCUCCCUUACCCUGGGUCUUUGAUGUAUUUGGAGCAGUUGUCUCUUCAGCAGCAGCCUCUGUGCAGAUACUUCAAACAAAAUUAUGGACCCUCAAAGUCAGAAUUUGAAGACAGCACCACCUUUGACUUUAGGAAGAUUUCAUAUUUCUGAAGAUUAUGGCUUUCUUCUUCCAAAUCCUCUGAAAGAACUCCCUGAUUACUAUAGACCUUGGAUGGAAAUUGCCAACCGACUUCCUCACUUGAUUGGGAGUCACCAGCUUCGAGCUCAAGUGAACGAGAUGCCCCUCUUGAACUGUCAGUUCCUCACGGGUUACCGGGAACAGCGGCUGGCACACCUGGUCCUAACCUUUAUUACCAUGGGAUAUGUCUGGCAGGAUGGAGAGGCACAGCCCAAAGAGGUUCUGCCAAGAACCCUUGCCCUUCCCUUGGUCGAGGUCUCCAGGAACUUGGGGCUCCCUCCUAUCCUGCUUCACUCGGACUUGGUUCUGGCCAACUGGGCUACUAGGAACCCGGGAAGACCCCUGGAAAUCAGGAACUUGGACCCCAUUUUCUUAUUCCCUGGGGGAGAAAGCCUCCGUGGUUUUAUACUGGUGACUGUUUUGGUGGAGAAAGCAGCUGUACCCGGGAUUAAGGCCCUUGUUCAGGCAGUGAAUGCCGUCUUGCUGCCCAGCCCAGACUCCCUGCUCCAAGCCCUGCAGCGACUGAGGAUCUCCAUUCAGGACAUCACCAGAGCCUUGGGACAAAUGCAUGAUUAUGUAGAUCCAGACAUAUUUUACUCAGUCAUCCGGAUCUUCUUCUCUGGCUGGAAGGAUAACCCAGCAAUGCCUGCGGGGUUGUUAUAUGAAGGCGUCUCCAAAGAGCCCCUGAAUUACUCCGGCGCGAGCGCUGCUCAGAGCUCAGUGCUGCAUGCCUUUGAUGAAUUCUUGGGUGUUCGUCACAGCAAGGAGAGUGCUGAUUUUCUGCACAGAAUGAGGGAUUACAUGCCUCCUUCCCAUAGGGCCUUCAUAGAAGAAAUUCACUCCACUCCUUCCCUGAGGGACCACAUCCUGUCCUCUGGAAACAGCCAGCUUCUGACAGCCCAUAACCAGUGUGUGGAGGCCCUGGCAGCCCUGCGCAGCUAUCACCUCGCCAUGGUGACCAAGUACCUCAUCACGGCCGCACCCAAAGCAAAGGGCAGGAGGAUGAGCCGUCUCCCGGGGCCGCCUCAGGCCUUAGAAGAGAGGGGCACAGGCGGAACGGCAGUCGUGAGAUUCCUGAAGAGUGUCAGGGAUAAGACCUUAGAGGCGAUCCUCCACCAAAGUGGCUAAGAGACUGCCCUUCUCCCCAGCAAUGCAAACCACCCAGGUCUCUCCUUAUCCUCCUUUCACUGGACAGCAGGUGGGCCUGGGGAAUGAGGACCAGGAAUAAUCUGGAAUAGUCUGGAAUAAUCUGAAAGGGACCUCAGACCUGUUCAUGUUCUCGCUCCACAGAACACCAUCUUUUCCUAUGUUGAGAGAAUUUUCAUGACCAGGAACUUGUCUUUCCCUCCCUAAUCACUGGUUAAUAGCAAACAGUUCUGGAUAGCCCCUCAUUCAGAACCCCACAGAGGAGUGAGUGUACCACUGUUCUGUUUGUCAAGUGAUAGAAAAACCAACAUAAUUUCACAAAUCAAAUAAAAUUGCUUGGGGACAGAUCACCUUGCUGAUUUCUCAAAAAAAAUUUUUUUUAAAUUCCUGCAUUCGUUGGUUCACUUACUGACUUAUUCAGCCCAUGCUGAGUCCUGGCUUAGGGGUUACAGCAGGGAUUUUACAGUCCUCCCUCCCCACGUGUGCAGAAUUUGGGGGCAGAAGUUUGGAGGUGCUCCAGUGGAGACGUGAAGGGAAGAGGAAGCUGAUGAUAAGAAUCACCAGUGUGGAAACGAGAAGUUAAUGAUAUGGGAACGGGUGAGGCUUAGCCACAAGGUUCAGAAAUUUGUACUUUCUAUUUUGGUUUCUUUCUUUCUUUUUAGAAGAAUGAUUCUUUCUCCUUACGCUGAAAGUUUGCAUUUGUAAAAUGAACGAAUUGACCCUUAGGAAGUAAAUGAGUGAAAUGGGAAUACAUGGGAAAUCCACACGUGUCGUGUGCAAAUAAAUGUCACUUUUUAUUGA